UAUAGGGACUUACUAUAUAGGAUAUGUAGAAAACCCAUCUACAGGUGGAGUGGAAACACAUAAAGGAGCGACACAAGCCUGGACGAAUUGGGGUCCUUUGGAACCUAAGUUGAUAAAUAUAAAUUGUAUCACCAUUUUGCAGCCUUAUGGUCUUUGGAAAGAUUUUUUUUGUGAAUCACCGCUCAUGUCAAUUUGCUCAACGGUUACAGACAUCAUACGAUGUCAAACACCAGUCGUUAACAGCGGAUCAACGUUGAUAAGUCAAACGGGAGAUAUGUAUGGUGACACAUGUUAUUACACAUGUGACAUAGGACAUGUGUUGGUGUCCGGGAAUCUGACGAGAACUUGUCUAAUUGAUGGUACAUGGGAUAACAGCUCACCAGUUUGUAAUGUCAUACGAUGUCAAACACCAGUCGUUAACAGCGGAUCAACGUUGAUAAGUCAAACGGGAGAUAUGUAUGGUGACACAUGUUAUUACACAUGUGACAUAGGACAUGUGUUGGUGUCCGGGAAUCUGACGAGAACUUGUCUAAUUGAUGGUACAUGGGAUAACAGCUCACCAGUUUGUAAUGAAAUACCGACAUCUGAUACAACAACGGACAUAGUAUCAACAACAGACAAAACAUCAACAGCUGAAUCAACAACAGACAAAAUAUCAACAGCUGGAUCAACAACAGACAAAAUAUCAACAGCUGGAUCAACAACAGACAAAAUAUCAACAUCUGGAUCAACAACAGACAAAAUAUCAACAGCUGAAUCAAUAUCAAGCGACAUGUCAACAUCAACUAAGCAUCAACAGGUUUCAACAGCAGCAACCAUUGUCAUGAAGACGACCUAUAACCUUGAUAUUCCAGAAACAACAAUCUUGACUGAAACAACAACCUAUAACCAAGAUAUGACAAAAACAACAACACACAACCAGGAAAUAACAGAAAGAACUACUAGUGUAACUUCCGGAACAACAUCUGGCUUUUGCAUAUGCGCCUGUUCUUUAUUUUUAAACAUAACAAUUGAUAUUGAACAGAGAAUUGAAGAAUUAAAAAAAAUUCUGGCUGUGAACAAAGACGUAUUAUCUUCUACAAUCCGCCGCCGUACUUGUGCGGACGACCCUAGACCGUCGUCGGCCUACAUUGGCUAUACUGGAGCUCUAAUUAUUGUUGCUGUGUUCUCUUUAAUCAUUAUAAUUGAUAUUGUUAACAUAUAUCUGUUUUACAAGACAUUCAGAAUGAAUAAAAAGAGUAGAAUAAAUAAACUUUGA